AGUGUAAGUGAGUUUUGUAUUGUGAAAACUCAUACAAGAUAAGCGGAAAAAGUUGCCAACCCAAGCAAAAAAGUCCGACAAAAAUAAUAAAAUUCCAAGUCGACAAAACUCAUAAUCUCACGUAUCUGUCAGAUACACAACAAAGUCGUAUCGUUGGGAAAAUUUUGCAGUAGAGCGAAUCACGUAGACCAGAGAAGCCAUGGAGGAGAACCACAACCGGAGCACCGAGGGAAUUCUGGUCAAGUGCGGAGGAUUCUCAUCGCAAUUGGCUAGGAAUGUCACCGAAAAAGUGGAUGGAGAUCCAUUGUGGGGAUCUCGAUUUGAUGCCACCAAUCCGGAGGCUGUAAUUCAAACUCAUCUGGACUUUCUGCGCAAUGGAGCGGAUAUCAUUUUAACCAACACGUAUCAGUCCAGUGUGGAGGGUUUCGUCAAGUACCUGGGUGUUACCGAAGAUCGCGGUAUAGAACUGAUCCAAAAGAGUGUCCAGCUGGCCAAGGAGGCCAAGGAACAGUACCUAGCUGAAACCGGAUCAGGACCGGACUCGCCUCUGCCACUGAUUUUGGGCUCAAUUGGUCCCUAUGGCGCAUAUCUCCACGACGGAUCCGAGUAUUCCGGCAGCUACGCAGACAAGAUGACCAAGGAGCAGCUGAAGGCGUGGCACAGGACCAGAAUCAAUAUAUGUUUGGCAGCCGGAGUCGAUGGACUGGCCCUGGAAACAUUGCCCUGCCAGUUGGAAGCGGAGGCAGUCACCGAAUUCGUACUGGACAACUGCGCAAAUACCAAAUUUUGGGUAUCCUUUCAGUGCAAGGAUGAAAAGCACCUGGCGAGUGGUGAAUCCUUUGCGGAGGCGGCACUCUCCGUGUGGCGGUUGGUGCAGAGCCGCAAGGCGGAGAGCAGGCUCUUUGGGAUUGGGGUCAAUUGUGUGAACCCACUAUUUGUGACCCAGUUGCUGUUAUCACUCACCAAGGCCGCAGGAUCGGAUCGUAUACCCCUGGUGGUCUACAGCAACCGUGGAGAGAUCUAUGAUGCGGAUCAAGAAGAGUGGACCGGGAGCGGCGAGGAAGUGGUCAGAUUUGUGCCCGAGUGGAUCGAACUGGGAGCGCGCAUCAUUGGCGGCUGUUGCCGGGUCUAUCCGACGGAUGUGUUGGCGAUCCGCAAGUACAUCGAUAGCCUCAACAUAAAGCCGUAAUCGGUUGAGCACUCCGAGCACUGAUAGCUGCCUUGUCGUUAAUGCGAAAGCGGUUUUGUUGGACUAGACCUAGACCUAUUUAGUUUGCUAAAUACAUACAAAUAUUUGUGUACUAAACGUACCCAGAUCAGAUGGGCUGCCUAAUCAGCAGAGAGUGGAAAAAAGCGUGGACGGCUGGGAGACAAAAACAGAUUAAACGGGCGGACCAAAGGUAAACAAGUGGGCUGGGUGCAGGGGACAGGGAACUGGGAACUGGGUCUGGCGGUGACCGUCACCCAGCGACCGUUUUCGCAAACCUAGCUCAAUUUAAGUCGAAAUCCAAAUCUGCAAAAUCUCUGAUUCAACUUUUACAUAGCAAAGUGCAUUUUCCUUUUUGAAAUAAAAUUGAUUUUGUACUUAAUCUUUAUAUUUUAUCGCCGACAUAGAAUUUGAAUCAAUAAAUCUUGUUAAAAAUGAUAUAUAUAAUAACCUUUUGCACAUAAGCUCUAAAUGUUUAAUAAAUAAGUCUUAAAUAUUUGAAAGAAUUUAUGUAUUUUUGUAAGUAAGAAAUAAAUUACAACAUUUUCAAUAAUGUCA